CUAACUGCCACUGAUACUGCUGGUGACACUAAUACAGUGAGCAGUGCUAAUAAAAAAGCACUGACACUGUACUAAUGACACUGGGCAGGAAGGGGUUAAUAUCUGGGGCUAUCAGAGGGUUAACUGUGUGCUGUUUUACUAUGUAAGCAUGCUGCUUUGUAUUGCUCUGCUAUGCAGAGCAAUACAAGCAGCAUGCUGGUGCUUACAGGGGAGAGACCUGUACUGUUUACAUACAGACCUCUCCCCUGUCAGUGCUGGCGGGGAAUCUCCAGCCGGGACUCGGUGAUCAACAGCUGUAGACACCAAUGG